UCAUGUACCAGUUCCUCAAAGAGGAAAAGAGCUGAAGGGGCCAACUCCAAUGUAUUCUCUAUGUUUGAGCAGGCGCAAAUCCAGGAGUUCAAAGAGGCCUUCACCAUCAUGGAUCAGAACAGAGACGGGUUCAUCGACAAGAACGACCUGCGAGACACAUUUGCAGCACUGGGCCGGCUGAACGUGAAACAGGAGGAGAUUGAUGAGAUGCUGAAGGAAGCCCCAGGACCAAUCAACUUCACCGUUUUUCUCACCAUGUUCGGAGAGAAGCUUAAGGGUGCCGAUCCAGAGGAGACUAUCCUCAACGCCUUUAAAGUUUUUGACCCUGAGGGAAAAGGGACCUUGAAGAAGGAUUUUGUUACUGAGAUGCUAACAACCCAAGCAGACAGAUUUUCUCGAGAAGAGAUGGAGCAGAUGUUCACGGCUUUCCCACCAGACGUAGCUGGAAACCUGGACUACAAGAACCUGGUCUAUAUCAUCACGCAUGGGGAGGAGAAGGAUCAGGAGUGA